UGACAAAAUGGAACCCACCAGCAGUGUGAGGAGACCUGAAAGUGGCACAUGCAGCAGAGUGUGGCGAUGGAGACAGCAGCAAUGGGAGGCCGUACAGGGACCCAUGAGACACUCUGGACCUGGCAGCAGCAUGAGGAGGCGGUACAGGGGCCCAUGGCAGAUUACGGGCCUGGCAGCAGCAAUGGGAGGCCCGUAAUCUGCCAGCACCCUAUGACAAAAUGGAACACACCAGCAGUGUGAGGAGACCUGAAAGUGGCACAUGGCAGAGUGUGGCGAUGGAGACAGCAGCAAUGGGAGGCCGUACAGGGACCCAUGAGACACUCUGGACCUGGCAGCAGCAUGA